CAUUGCACCCGGACGUGAGUCCAUUUUGCAACAGUUUGCCACAAAGCACCUAAAGCAGUUGCUGCGUGGGUCAUUGUUCCCUUGCUGUCAAUUGCAACUAUCAGUUUCCCUUUUUGACGUUCUUGCCAAACUCGAAGAUGACGCACCAAGACCAAGGACAACAACCCCAAGAUCCGCAUUCGCGCGCUGUCUCGCUCUCGCAGCACGACAGAAUGGAGUCUGCCGCCCCUAUACAACGCCGAGCCCAUGUUCGCAAGCAGUUCGUUCUUUGCUUUGACGGCACCGGCAACAAGUUCAGCGGCACAGACGCGGACUCCAAUAUCCUCAAGAUAUACCGCAUGCUUGAUCGCAAUGGCGAUGGUCAGUUUCAUUACUAUCAACCCGGCAUUGGGACGUACGUGGCGCAGGCCGACAGUUCCAUCUCCAGAGCAGGACCUAUCGAUAAAUUCAAGAAUUGGUACGCAAAAGCGAAGGACAGCGCGAUCGGCACCUCUUUUGACCUGCAUGUGAUGGCCGGGUAUCGAUUUCUGAUGAGGUACUACACUCCUGGAGACGACAUCUUCUUCUUUGGCUUCUCCCGAGGCGCAUACACUGCUCGCUUCCUAGCAGAGAUGCUUGACCACGUCGGCCUUCUCUCGGCUGGAAACGAAGAGAUGUGCCAUUUUGCCUGGACAACGUUUCAAAAGUGGCAGUGUCGCGUUGAAGGCAACGAAGAAGAGAAGAGUGAAAAGAAAAAGCUUCUCGAAUUCAUGUGUGCUUUCAGAGAGACCUUCAGCCGUCCGGUUCGCGCUAUUCGCUUUCUUGGCCUCUUCGAUACUGUCAACAGCGUACCGCACUUCGAGAACGCGUGGAUGCAGCGCAGUAGAUUCCCAUACACUGCGAGAAGCUCAGCACGCGUCAUCCGACAUGCUGCGUCGAUCGAUGAGCGGCGUGCGAAGUUCCGUCAGGACCUUAUCUCUCAGGCAAAGCCGGACCACGCAAUGCUCUACCAAAGUCGCCAUCGAAAGCAUAAUACGAUGUACUUCAGCACCAGCAAUGACACGAAUGAUGAUGACGACGAGGCAUGCAAGAGAGACGCUGAACAGUCACGAGGGCGACGAGACACCCUUGCUCCGCCUGUUAACUUCAGGAACCCACACGAGACUGCAGGUGUGCGCAGCCUGAGCCCAAACUUCUCGUGUAGUGGCGUUUCGAUACAAUCGACCGAUCCUGUUCAUACGCGAGACUCCUGGGAUGAGGAUGAAGGUGAGCAGGAUAUCCAGGAAGUCUGGUUCCCAGGUUGUCAUGCAGACAUUGGCGGAGGCUGGCCCCUCGACUCUGGGCAUGACGCCGCUCUGAGCCACGUACCGCUUGUAUGGAUGGUCCGUGAGGCACAGAAGGCCGGAUUGGAAUUCGACGAGGAGAAGCUAGAAGCUCUCAACUGCUGCCACGAAGACAGAACAUUUGGCGGUCUCCGACGCCAAACUAUUGCGCCUACAGUUGCCAUCGAACCAGGCUCGCCAGCCUCCAACAAUGGUCAUAUCAACGGCAAAAAUGCUGCGCAUGACUUAGUCAAUGGCUUCAUCGACGAGAAGAAUACCCUGGAACAUCAUCAUACUCACCCCGACACAACAUUCCACAGGAAGCUACACUUUGCUGCAACACAAGGCCGCAUGCACGAUGUGCUGCAGUUCAAAAACGGUGCUGGGACUAUGGGCGUUGUCUCCUGGAAUAUCAUAGAGUACUUACCCUUCCGUCGAAUGGACCUCUGUGAGGACGGAUCCUGGAAAGCUAUCAGAUGGCCACUACCUAAAGGCGAGACUCGUGACAUUCCAGCCAACGCUAUGAUACAUUCUAGCGUUAUCAAGCGCAUGCUGGCGGACCCGAAGUACAGACCUGGCAACUUGAUCGUUGGCGGUGGCGGCCGAGGUGUUCGUAGAGCUCCUGAGGAUAUGGGCAUCGGCAAGUGGGUGUGUGCUGGUGAGGAGGGCCAUCCUGUUGGUGAGUGUUUUGUCAGAAAGGAGAAGCCGGUCAAGAGGGGUACGGAGAAAAGCUCGCAUUCUAAUGUGAUGCCGAGUGGACCCCAGGGCAAUUACUUCUCUGGUAGGACGGUCUGAGCACUGGCCAGAUUUGAGAAUGGGUCGGUCGUCUUGAUUCCUAAAUCCUUCACCUGCUCUUUUAUGAUAAAAAGAAAACUAUUCCCUUCCUAGACCAUCGUAAACAGGCACAAAUUUUAUCAUCUGUC